AUGUGCGGCGAAAGUAAUCGACCUACUUUUGGGGGGACCAUUGCGGUCUUGUUCCCGCGCGAGAGCGGCAUCAGCUCCAGUGCCUCGGAGAGGUCGCGUCCCUCCUCGCCCGACUCUAUCGCAUCGUCAACGACAUCCUCAACUUCCACAUUAUCUUCUUAUUCACUAUUUUUCCGAGACGCUGAGACCGCCGAUCGCAAGACGAAGGCGAUUUUCCGCUUCGAUGAUGCCGAGACUUAUGCGGCAUUACAAGAAUGCCGACAUGUAAAUAUGCGAAUAGAAAAAUAUGGAGAUUUAUCCACCGCAGCAACGACGACUACUUCUCCACUGCAUCAUUUCCAUCUCGACUUGGCUCAAAGCCCGAACUUGAAGCCAACUCAGCGAACAGACAUGGAGUUUGACUUGCCAGAAAGGCUGGACCUGGGCGUGUCAGAGAAAGGAGUCGUUGGAAGACAAGUCACCUUGAGCGAUGCCGGCGGUGCAAUCCUCGGUGUGGGCAUUGUCGGAUAUAACUGA